CUCCCCUGCUACAAAUACCCCCACCGGCCCGGACUGGCCCCCCGCACACUCGCAGCUCGCGCAUCCCAUGGUGUCCCAAGCACAGCAAGAGCCAGCUCUGCCUCGCAGCAGCAGCAUCGCCAAGCGCGCAGCCGCCGCGUCCAUGGACGCCAGCCCGGCCCCGCCUCUCCUCCUCCGCGCACCGACCCCCAGCAUUGACCUCCCCGCGGCCAAGCAGGACAGGGCCGACGCGGCCAGCAAGGCGGCCGCCGUGUUCGACCUGCGCCGGGAGCCCAAGAUCCCGGCGCCGUUCGUGUGGCCGCACGACGACGCGCGCCCGACCUCGGCCGCGGAGCUGGGCGUGCCGGUGGUGGACGUGGGCGUGCUGCGCAAUGGCGACCGCGCGGGGCUGCACCGCGCCGCGGCGCAGGUGGCCGCGGCGUGCGCGACGCACGGGUUCUUCCAGGUGUGCGGGCACGGCGUGGACGCGGCCCUGGCGCGUGCCGCGCUGGACGGCGCCAGCGACUUCUUCCGGCUGCCGCUGGCCGAGAAGCAGCGAGCCCGGCGCGUCCCGGGCACCGUGUCCGGGUACACGAGCGCGCACGCCGACCGGUUCGCGUCCAAGCUCCCGUGGAAGGAGACCCUCUCCUUCGGCUUCCACGACGGCGCCGCGUCGCCCGUCGUCGUCGACUACUUCGCCGGCACCCUCGGCCAGGAUUUCGAGCCAAUGGGGCGCGUGUACCAGAGGUACUGCGAGGAGAUGAAGGCUCUGUCGCUGACGAUCAUGGAGCUGCUGGAGCUGAGCCUGGGCGUGGAGCGCGGCUACUACCGGGAGUUCUUCGAGGACAGCCGCUCCAUCAUGCGGUGCAACUACUACCCGCCGUGCCCGGAGCCGGAGCGCACGCUGGGCACGGGCCCGCACUGCGACCCCACCGCGCUGACCAUCCUCCUCCAGGACGACGUCGGCGGGCUGGAGGUCCUUGUCGACGGCGAGUGGCGCCCCGUCCGCCCCGUCCCCGGCGCCAUGGUCAUCAACAUCGGCGACACCUUCAUGGCGCUGUCGAACGGGCGGUACAAGAGCUGCCUCCACCGCGCGGUGGUGAACCGGCGGCAGGAGCGGCGGUCGCUGGCCUUCUUCCUGUGCCCGCGCGAGGACCGGGUGGUGCGCCCGCCGGCCAGCGGCGCCGUCGGCGCGGCGCCCCGCCGCUACCCGGACUUCACCUGGGCCGACCUCAUGCGCUUCACGCAGCGCCACUACCGCGCCGACACCCGCACGCUGGACGCCUUCACACGCUGGCUCUCCCACGGCCCGGCCCAGGAGGCGGCGGCGGCUCCCUGCAGCACCUAGCGGCCGGCGCGCGAACCGAGCCAAAAGAAGGAUCGCUUUCGCCGGGGCCGGGGGCCCGCGCGGGGGUUUUCAGCCCACGUGCGCGCCCAGGUGGGGCGGGCCCCGCGCCGCCUUCCCAUUUUUGGACGCUGCCGCGCGCGCGCGUGCCGGAUGCGUGCGCCGACGGCCUACUGCUAUUGCUACUAGUGUACAUAUACAAACAUAUAUAUAUACAUAUUAUAUAUAUAAGCAAGCGCUUUUUUUCUUUGUUGUGUCUCCACUCUUCAAUCGCUUGCUGUUGAUGGAUGGAUGGAUCAAUGUUUGUUCGCAAGCAAAGCACGUAAUUUUUUUU